GUGCCAGGAAGGACGAUCAUUUAGUGUCGACCGGAUAGAGCUACCAACAUUAUGUAGCGGUAACCAGUUAAGUCACCUGUUAUAUAUCGACUACUUGUGCAAAGCUGGUGCAAAUAUAGUUAUACAAUGUACCUGCGGGUGUUUAAGGAAAGACUGUGUGGGUUUAUCGACGGCAUAACAGACGUUGAUUUCCGGAAGUGGACUGUGCUGCGGUACAGUGUAGUGUUUUUGGUGAAUUUGUUCGUGUAGAACAGAUGUUGUGCUUUCGACCAGAUGUUGUUCUAUGGACCAUUGUUUUUGGGGACACAUUCCAUAAGCAGACUGACUGUGGUCCUGAUGAAUUUUAUCAUCGUGACUCUGACAACUAUGGCGGCAACACCAAUGCUUCCUCCCGGAGGACUCAUGGAAAUAGUCUUCUCCUUUGACACAACUGGUUCUAUGUCAUCAGUACUUGAAGAGGUCCAGGGAAGGUUACAGGAUAUGAUACAGCGCCUCCAGGCGGACAUCUCCGGUAUAAGAAUCGGUGUCAUAGCCCAUGGCGACUACUGCGACGAGAAAGUCUUCUAUUUGACCAAGAAACUAGAUCUUUGUAGUAACGUUGUGGAACUUUGUAAUUUCGUGAAGGAUGUAGAAGGUACCGGCGGCGGAGACGAAGAUGAAUGUUACGAACUUAUCCUUCGCAUGGUCCGACAAAACUUCAGCUGGACCCCAGCAUCACAGAAAAUCCUGGUUAUGAUUGGGGACGCCAACCCCCAUGAGCCCGAGUAUGAAAUGAAUGUGGAUAGCAUUGACUGGAGAGCUGAAGUGAAUGAUCUUAACAACAUGGGUGUGAAAAUAUACGGUGUCCAAGUGUUUGAAAACGAAGGUGCUGAGGACUUCUACAAGACAAUAUCCACAAAUACAGAGGGACACUACCUCAAGCUUGGCGAAUUUUCCAACAUCUGUGACUUCCUCAUGGCUAUUUGUUACCGGGAGAGGGGCGACGAUCUGUUCACUGGUUACGAGGCCGAGGUCCGCGGACGCUUUGGACCAGGUGGAAUCCACAAAGACCUAGAGGGAUUAUUCGGAACUCUGAGAAAAACCGAUUCAAGCACAAGUAGCAUACACCCAGCCCCGCCACUUAUUUCACCAACGUCGUCUACAACAACAACUGUUACGAUUCCAAAACCAAAGAAGGUCACUCAAGUUAGACCAAAGGUCAACCCAAAGCGCAGAAACGUGACAGUUAGAGAUAUGAAGGACAAACUCAAAUGUAAAGUCGAUGACAAACUGGUCCCGAGAGAGAAAGCAGCGCAAACAGUCUUCACUUGCAACUGUUUAGACUGGUCAUCAUGGCGACUAGCAUACUCUCCAGUCGAUGCCAUAGAACCAAACACGAAACGAGGCUUCACACGAAAAUUCAGGGGGAAAUGCCACAAACGAGUCCAGCUAUUCACAAAAAGAUGCAGGUCAGCCCUUUAUGAGGUAGCAGUACAAACCAAAGCACAUGGAAAACGACACGUGAUGUUUUCCAAGGUUAUUUCCGGUCUUAUCGACAACAGUGAAUGGGAAUACAAUCUUCUGUUUGGAGCCAAACUCCGACUUCACAGACAAAUCAAAAGUGUUGUAGAGCAGGGCUGCAAAGUGUUUGUGAGGAGGACAGUGUUGAGUAAGAAAUCCCUCGCUAAAGUGGACACAUUGAACAAGUACAGUUAUGCAUGGGCCCUCCAAAAAGACACACGACAACACAGGCGUGUCGUGAGGGACUCUGUCGUCAUUUCCGGUGAAUGUAUGGAGGAAUAAACUUCUGACAAUAAGUGCCAAUUUUACUGUGAUAUUUUCUCAAAAUUGUCUUUAUUAAGACAAAGAUGGUGUUUCCGAAGAGUAUUGAUGGAUUUAAUUUGAGAUAUAUUUUAUUUAAAGACCAUAUCAUGUUAUAUUAAUUAAAAAUAUUGAAUUGCCAUAUCAUCCACAUCUUUGCCAUAUCAUUUCCAUAUCCCAUUACACAGUCAAUUAAUUAUUGUUUUGUAUAUAAAUG